AUGGGGAGACUUCUCCUUACUUCGAGCCAGGUUUCUGUCAUCCUGUCGGCAGCCAUUGUUCUUCUCUUCACACUCGCCCUCUUCCUUUCCGGCUGGGUAUUACAGCAACGAUACGUGCAUUCUCUACAAGCCGCCAUAAAGCCCCGAUUACCCAAGCCUCUGCCCCCGCCCAAGCCGAUAGAACCUCCGACAUUGGACGUAAAAUGGGCAAGACCGAUGGGCGGCCGUCCGGAGGUGGACGAGACAUAUGCGCAGUAUAUUGCGGGGCAGACGAUGGACUGGAGCCGCCUGGGCUAUGUGCAGGUGGUGAGAGAGCAUGUGGAGCUUUGCAGUGCCGUGAUGCUGCUGUCUGAUCUACACAAGAUGAAGAGCCCGGCCAAAAGGAUACUGAUGUUCCCCAAACUGUGGCUGGUAGAAUCUGAAGACGACAAAUACGGCCCGCAAAUGUCGACUACACGGCGACUGCUGCGAACGGCGGCGAGGCGGUAUGGCGUCACUUUGAUGCCCAUGGAGCCUAUUGUGGAAGGCGCAGACGACACACUGCCCUCUUCCUACUCACUAGCAAGCCUGUACUCACUGGUAGACUACGAGCGGCUACUCUACCUCCAAGGUCCGGGCGUGCUGCUCGACGCAUCGGCCUUGGACUCACUGCUGGCUUUCUCCAAGUCAGAGCCCAUGGCAGCUUACCCCGCCACGCCAGAACGAACCGACAUGUCGACAUCACUCCUGAUGAUACACCCGUCACAACAGAGCUACAACCAGCUGAGGACACUGCGCACGACGAAUCCGACGUCGGACCUCAACAUGUUCCGCAAGACAUUCACGGUGCCGGACUCAUUGAUCUCGGAGUGGUCGCUGUCCAUGGGCAACGUGGUCUACGAAUCGCAGAACCUGCGCAAUGUCGUGGACGACUUCAACGCGACGGCGUUCGAACAGGCGACGACGUUCGUGAGGCUGUCGGAUCCCGAAAUACCAGGACCGGAGUACGACAUUCCUUUUUCUGAACGCGCCAAGCUGCGGCCUCAGAACGCACAGGCGCAAGAGGCGUGGAGCAAGCUGUACGAGAGGUUCCGGCAACGGCGCAUGGAAGUGUGCGGCCUUGACCUGGAGACGUACCAGCCGAUCGUGGUGUCUGGUGGGGCCGAUGAAACCCAUGCGGUGGCUGAUGAGCUGUGA